CGUCAUCUCCCCGCGCCGCCGCCGCAGUUCGGUCCGCGCGAUGGCGGCGGGGAGCCGGGGGCCGGGGCGCCGGCCCGGGCUCGGGAGGGAGCGAUGACUCGGCUCCUGGGCGCGGUGCGCAGGGUCGCUCUGGCCGCCGUGCGCUGCCGCAGCGGCGGGCUCGGCAUGUUCUACGCCGUGAGGAGGGGCCGCAAGGCCGGGGUCUUCCUGACCUGGGACGAAUGCAGGGCGCAGGUGGAUCGGUUCCCCGCCGCCCGGUUCAAGAAGUUUGCCACCGAGGAGGAAGCCUGGGCCUUCGUCAGGAACUCGGGGAGCCCUGAUUCGAAAGGGCAGGAAGACAAGCUCGUCUUGCCCGAAUCACAGGCGAAAGCCAGCAAGCGGUGCCGGGAGCCCCCGGCUGUGGGGGAGGAGAACGUGGAGCCGCGUGCCAAGCAUGUGAAGCAGGAGGAGGAGGCAGCCCCUCCGGUGGACAAGGACACCUUCUCUUACAUGGGCGAAUACGUCGUCGUCUACACGGACGGCUGCUGCUGCGGCAACGGGCGCCGGCGGGCGCGCGCGGGCAUCGGCGUGUACUGGGGGCCCGGCCACCCUCUAAACGUGGGCAUGAGACUUCCUGGGCGACAGACCAACCAGAGAGCAGAAAUCCACGCAGCCUGCAAAGCCAUCGCGCAGGCCAGGGCUCAGAACAUCACCAAGCUGGCUCUGUACACAGACAGCAUGUUCACCAUCAACGGCAUCACCAGCUGGGUCCAGGGCUGGAAGGAGAACGGGUGGAGGACGAGCACCGGGAAGGCAGUGACCAACAAGGAGGACUUCAUGGAGCUGGACAGGCUCGUCCAGGGCGUGGAUGUGCGGUGGAUGCACGUUCCUGGUCACUCGGGAUUUGUUGGUAACGAGGCGGCCGACAGGCUGGCGCGAGAAGGAGCUAAGCAGGCGGAGGGCUGAGCGGCGUCCUCCUGGGACCUCGGCCACUUCCCGAGAGCAGUGACUCCGCAGGAGCUGGAGAGACCCUCCCACGCCCAUCUCAGCAGCAGCUGC